UGAAGUCGCGUGGGAGGAGUUAAAGUAAGAUGGCUGCGGGAAAGCGAAGAGUGUUUGAGAAAUCGCUUAAUGGGAUGUUUAUUUGUCGUUAACAGGAUGCAUAGCAACCCGAGUGAGGGAGUGGUUAAUGUGUUAGCUUCCCCGGCUCACUAUGGUAUAACUUGGCAGUUGUCCCCGGGUUACUUUCAUGCUGGUCACCCGUUUACUGCUCUGACAUUGUGGAAUUCAUUAGCAGCUAGUCGUUAGCAAACGUCCGGCGCUAACUUGCUAGCAGCUAGCUAGCAGGUAGCCGUUGAAAUCAGCACUUCACAACAACAGUUGAGACAUAUACAAAUAUACAAGGAUCCUGUAGGAACGAUCUCUGGUUUUCCAACAAUCUGACUGGUCAGUCAUCAGGCUGUUGGCAGGUUUUGAUCCCAUCCUCUGAAGUUAACCUGCUCCGGAUCAGCACUGACUGACUAUGGAGUGGUGUUGGCUUCAGACCGGAUGACAGGGACAAUAGGGAGGACUGGGUCACACAGUUUCUAAAGAGGCAGUGACGUUUUCAUAGACAUAUACUCACUGGCAGUGACAGACUGUUCAGCCAACCUUCUUCGUCUCCAUCUCUCUGUUGGGAUUCAGUUUCUCUCCCCUUAAUCCUCCCCCCACAUUCUGGAGCGCCUUCUCUCGGCUUGGAGUUUUUGUAACUUUUGACCUGCCUCCCACUGUGUCCAGUAUGAGCUGGCUGAGCAGGUUGAACCCGCGGGGUCCCGGGAGUCGGUCUGCCCGGAGCGCCGCACCCUCCAGCCCCUGCAUUGCUGACCCAGAGACCUGCCUCAUGGUGUUUGAAAACCACUGGAGACAGGUCUCUUGGGUGCUGGAACAGCGUGAACCUUCAUCUUCUAGCGACGACCUGAUAGCAGUGAGGAAUCACACUGACCAGAUGUUAUGUCUGCUAGCGGAGGAGCGGUCUGCAGAGGGCUCCGAUAGCGGUACCAGCCUACCCCCCAUGGGCCCCAUUCUGCAACUGGUGGUCACUGAGAAUAUUAUUGAGCGCCUGGUUCAGUGGCACCUCCACCGCGGCCUGGACCCAGACAGCCAGGGGGCGCUGCUCAAGCUGUUUGAGAUGCUCAUUGGCCAAUCCCAGCAGCCUCUGCUGCAGCAAACUGCCAUCCUCCACCCCCUGCUGAGGCUGCUGGGAGCGUGCUCUGACCCAGAACUUGGUUGUCCUUCAGUCCUGGAGAACAGCUUGGUACUGCUGCUCAAUCAGGUCUGUGUGUCCAUGGCCCGGCAGCCUGUGGUUCUAGAGAUGCUGUUCCGGGUGGCACCAGCCCAGCAGGGCUCCACCAAUCUGCUGAUCUUCUCCCUCCUCGUGCCGUUCAUUCACAGGGAUGGAGCCAUCGGACAACAGGCCAGAGAUGCGCUGCUGCUCGUCAUGGCAACCUCAGCCAGCCAUGAGGCAGUAGCAUGCUACAUUGCUGAGCACUCCUACUUCUGCCCAGUGCUGGCGACAGGCCUCAGUGCUCUCUACUCCUCUCUGCCCAGGAAGAUUGAGGUUCGAGGAGACGACUGGCACGCCCUACGGCGGGAGGACUGGAUGUGUGUGUCCUCACUUGUGCUGUUCAUGAACUCGCUGGAGUUCUGCAAUGCUGUGGUGCAGGUGGCUCAUCCCUUGGUUCGCUCCCAGCUCCUGGACUACCUCCACAAUGGCUUCCUUGUACCAGUCAUGGGCCCUGCCCUGCAUAAGUCGUCGGUGGAUGAGAUGAUCGCCAGCACCGCCUACCUGGACCUUUUCCUGCGCAGUGUUACGGAGACUUCCCUCCUCAAAACCUUCCUGCGCUUCAUCCUGCUGCAUCGCCAUGACAAUGACACCAUCCUGGACACACUGCUCACACGCAUCAGCAGCAAUUCAAGGCUCUGCAUGGUAUCAUUGAGCCUCUUCAGGACUCUUCUCUCACUGCACUGUGAAGACAUCAUGCUGCAGCUCAUUCUCAGGUAUCUACUGCCCUGCACCCAUGUAAUGCUGAGUCAGCGUCGCGCCAUCAGGGAGAUCGACAUAUAUGGAAAGUCAGCAGACAAGUUCCUGUCACUGAUCCCAGAGUGCUGCCGGCUGAAUGUGGCAUCAUCUGCUGAGCGGGAUGAGGACAGUGCAUCCUGGGGCAAAGUACUGAACAGUCCCAGCACAGAGUCUCCAGCUCCACCUAGACCCAGCACCCCAUCCCGCUUAGCUUUCUUCAUCCGCCAGCAGAGCAUUGCAGGAGGAUCAGGAGUAGGAGGCCCCUCAACCCCCACUAGUAUGGAGCCACUACAGUCAGGUCCUUCCAGCUCUCACUCCCUGUCCCCUGACAGCCCGAUGCACCCAGCAGGGGGGGUAACCGCGCUCUCCUCCUGGGCCUGCCGUGAUUGGUCAGCACCCUAUGAUGGCGAACACCCCUCCCCAAGCACAGCCCCUCAACCCCCACCUCCCCCCACCUCCAACCCCUCCAUGGCUAUGUUCCCUGAGCACUUCUCUUUCCAGCAGGGAGGAAGCAGUAACUCCCCUCCAGGCCAGCAGAGGACGGCCAUUGUGGCUGCAGCACGGUCUGAAUGGAGCAGUUCAGAACGGGACAGUGGAGAGUGGGAUGUCACAAUCGGCAGAAACAACUGCAUCAGCCUCACACCGCGCUCCAAGAAACGCAGCCUGCAGAGAGAGGAGCUCCCACCAAAGCCUGUACCCCCUCUCAUCCCAUCCUCCUCCUCUUCAGCAACCCCUUCAUCCACUUCCCACCCAAUCUCAUCCCCAGCUCCCCAUAUUCCCUCCUCUGCCAUUACUGUUAGCUACCAGCCCAUGUAUAAUGGAACGAUGGGACAGGCUGAUGGGUGCUCAGACAGUCGUGAUAGAGAACUGGAGGUAAAGAAAGUGAAGAGAGACUUGGGGGAGCAGCAGUAUUUGGAUGAAAAUGCCAAUCAAAAUGGGUCACUUGUUACUUGCCCCUCCCAAAGCUGCACCACUCUCCCACAGUCUAUCUUUAGUAACACUGACAUUGGUGAUGCAAAAUCUCUUCACCCUAACCUGAUUUCAUCUCAGAGCUCCAUUACCCAGGCAGUAUCUGACACCAAACUGGUGACCAGCGACACCUCACACAGCACGUCCUCGCAUCUUCCAGACGCCAGCCAGUUGCAACAAUCUGUAGAGAGUCUCAUUGAGGAACUGCUGGAGCAAGCACCAGGAGACCCACAGCUCCCCGGAGAUCCAAACGGUCAGGACAUCAGCAUCGAGGCCUUCACACAGGAGCUGAGCGAGCUGGAGGACCAAGUGAAGGAGUGCAGCAGAGCCAGCUGCCAGCAGGAAGAAGCAGCAAGUGAGUCCUUGACUGCUGAGCAGCAGCAGGAGGAGGAACAACAGCUGUCUUCAGCUGAGGAGGCGAAACCGAUGGGUGAAGCCAAGGGAGACCUCUGUAGUCCUGCCAGACCACUAAAUCAGCCUGCCUCCCAGCCAUACACUAGUCCAUUCAUGGUGGUUCUGUUUGCCAAGCUGGAGAACAUGCUCCAGAACUCGCUGUACGUCAACAUCCUGCUCACAGGCAUCAUGGCCAAGCUGGCCUGCUACCCUCAGCCUCUCCUACGCUCCUUCCUUCUCAACACCAACAUGGUCUUCCAGCCCAGUGUCAAGUCACUGAUCCAGGUUCUAGGUUCUGUGAAGAACCGCAUCGAGGCUUUUGCAGCGUCCCAUGAGGACUUCCCUGCCAUGCUGAAGAAAGCCCAGCAGUAUCUGGUGGCCCGAGGGAAAGUGGACUGGAGCGACUCAAUGGCAGCUGUUCCCCCACUGCGUCGCUCUGAUUCACUGGUGAAGAGUCGUAAGCCAUCUCUUGGAGACCUGAUUCUUCGUCACACCAACAGCCCAACUCGGGCUCGACACGCCGCUCAGCUGGCACUCGCACACGUACGAGAUAGCGGCCAAUCCCUGCACAGCGCUCUGUUCAAAGGUGGUGGUGGAGCAUCUGGCCUGGAGAAGCAAGCUGAAGCACUGCGGGUGAAGAACGCCGUCUACUGUGCUGUUAUUUUCUGUGAGUUCCUGAAAGAGCUGGCAGCCCUGGCUCAAGAGCACGCCGUCAGUCUGCCCUUCCCUCGCAGCCAGGAGGCAGAGGAAUAGAUGGUAAAUUACAGCUCCUCCAUUUCUUUGUUUGGGCUGUAAAAGGUUUUACAGUUCUCCCAUCACCAGAGGACAGACUGGAGCACUGAGACUUGUGUCACUGAAGUGGCUCAUCUGCAAUGACAGAGAACAAAGCGGGAGGAAAUCAGUGGCAUUACUGCACCAAAAUCAUUAUAGGACACCUAUAGGACUGAACAAUCUUCCUUAUCUGUAAACCUGUAUAAUAUUGUGCAUAUCAUGUUCUAUAUUUGCAUUGUACGCACUGAAAAUCUCAGUGAACUCUUGAGAUUUGGGAGAUCAUACAUACACAUACCAUGUCAUGGUAUAAUGUGACACAGUAAAGCCACAAAAGAAACAGGUGCACAUACUGGUGCUAGUCGAUCCUCUAUCUUUUAAGCUGAAAGGGUGCUUUAAGGUGGCACCGAGGAGAGGAAGGUUUUAAUGCCAACAAAAAAGUAUGACAAACACCAAAAACUGGCAGGAGAACAAUGAAAGUGCAGGUUAGUCAAGCAAAUACCAAGUGAUCCAAUCAGCUUUGCCUCUCUCUGUGUUUCAUCGUCAAGCAAAGACUGGCCAAGAGAGAAAGUGCACAGAAAAACAGCCAAGUGUUCCCAGUAACCUUGGAGCACCACAAGUGUCCGUUUUGUUUUUAAAAGGCUGCUUUGCUGUAAAGCCUAGUUAUUAAUGAGUAGGACAUAAACAGGAGAGUGGCGCUACAACGUCUUUCUGUUAAUCAGCAUGGCAACCACAGAUGUACUGGAAGAGCUUGAGGAAUUAAUGCCAUUUUUUAAUAUUUUGUUAGACCUGUUUGUCUUUCACAUUUGCGCCAUUUUGUAGACAUAUCAGGCAUAUCUGUCGCUGUGUACCCGAGUUCAUUUUAAAAGAAUGACUCCAGCUAUCCUGGUCAUCAGUAAGCCACUGAGCUGUUGCCACAAGACACUGUGAGAUUGAAGAGACAGCACUGCUUUACAAUUGAUCUCUUUAGUGUCAUUUGAAGGGAGCUGAGAUUCUGCAAGGAAAAGGAGAGAAGGGAAGGAAUGUUUCUCCAGGGAGCGUUGGCGUUAUUUUCACUUACCUUGAACUGACAGUUGGAAAAGGUCCUCAUGAGGAAUUCACUGAUUUUUCUUUAAACAGAUCUUCAUUCGAGCUGUGACCUUGUAAGAACCGGUCCCCACUUCAGUUUUUCCAUUUGCGUUUUAGUCAGCUUCAACCUGUGAGUCAGAGCAAAUUGAACAUAUAACUGUUCAUCUAAGAACUUAACAUGCUGCUAUUUUUUUUUUUUGACACAAACACCCAUUUUAUUAGCUUAAUGGCAACCAUGUCAUCAUUUCAUUGUUAGGUACCAAGGAUAAAAGUGGAGGAGUUAGUGGCAGUGCAGGGAUCAGCAUUUAAUUUAUCUUCUUGCGCCUGAGGUUUAAUGUUGCAGCCAGUGUUAAUUUGUUGAGCAGCCUUUUGAGGUUUGGAGUCGUUGCUUUCUGCUAGUUUUCUUUAAGGGCCAUUAUUUCUUACUAAUUUUCUAGAUUCUUUUCUGUAAACUCCUCAGAAAGUUGAACCUGUAAAAUGAAGCACUACCUGUAUGACUGCAUUGUAAAUAAUUUGGUUUUUGUACACACACUAACCAUUCUCUAUGUUUAGCAGUAGAGAAACCUCCCGACAUCCUGCAAAGUCUCUUAUAAAAGUGAAGGUCACAUUUUUUAAAAUAACUUUCAUAUUCUAAGCAACGUCUCAGCUUUCAUCUUAGUGGAAAUGUAGUACAUCCCUGCUGUAACUCACUUUUCUAUGAAGUUUCUAGACAUUUCCUAAUACCACCCAUUUGUUUUUUAAAUACUUACUACAGGUUCUGCAUGCCAAUUAAAGUCAGGUUUAGAAUUAACCAGUAAUUAAAUAAUGUAGAGUAAGGUGUCUAGUUUGUUCGACAGUGCUGAGCCUAAACUAGCUUCCACACAGUAGGUUUUAGUGCUUAGGGAGUCGUCAGCCGGCAGCGGCGACAAGAACACAUUUCACGCUGAAUGUUUGCACUAUGCCAAUUAUACUGGCAGAAGAAAUCACUUCUGUUUUUACUCACUGCCACCUGUCUGUCCAUCUCUUCACCCAGUCUGCUGCACAUCAGCGUUCACAUUAAUGCCUCCUUUGUACAGAAACAGACCAGAAGGUCUCACUGCUCACCAGGUUCCAUGACUUUUGCGCUCAAGAUUGUAGUUUUUAAACAAGCCUAUUUUUACAAUCGCUUCUUUUAGGUCAUAUUUUGAGCAUCACAGUUAAUGCUCCAUUUCUCAGUACCGUCAUUACACUAAGUAGUUUCAGUGCUACAUCCACAGACACCAAAGACAAUCACUCACGUCUCUCUAUUGAAGCAAUCAGACAGUUUUAUGGUACACAAUAUGAACACUGCCGUAAACCUUGUUCAUGUAGCACUUUUCAAACACAAAGUGCUUUCAAAUGAUCCCACAAAAACGAUGCCAAUCCCCAGCGUAAUCGAGUUAACUGUAAAAGUGAAAUGGCCAAAUGCAAGGCAAACAUUAAGGGAUGGAUAAAGCUGUACUCACCAAUUCACUGGUGCUGCAAUUUAGUGAGAGGACAGAACCGCCGGCCAAACCUACAGUAUGAAAAUAAGAACCAAGCCGUAAUAAACCUGAACUAUUAAUUACAUGAUAAGUCUGUCUGUUGUUUUACAGGGCAGGAUGUGUUUUUAAGGUUCAGCCCUAACUUUAAAGCUGUUCGGUAAACCUGAGUUGCUAGGUCCUCUGUGCUUGAAUUUUUUGUGAUGUGGGUUUUCGGCCCACCUGUGUGCACUUCCUCCAGUCAUUUUCCAUUGCUUAAUAUUUGUUUGUUUGGUUUUUUUAUGCCUGCCUGCCUUUGAUUUGACAGAAUUUGUAAUGGGCUGUUUUAUAAGGGAUUAUUUCCUACCAGGGACUUUGGCUUCUUCCUGAAGUUGUCAGAUGACUGUAAGCAAAUAACAGUAUAGUGCACAACACAACCCACACAGUGAAAUAAAACAGGGAGUUUGUAAAAUACAAUGAAGACCUCAUGGUUAGUGUGGUGGAUUACCUAGCUUUAUGGAAGUGGCUUUUCAUACUCCUUAAAAGAUGAACAGCAGCAAAUGGCUUCCUCUGCCCUCCAGUUGUGAGGACACCAUUGGGAAUCAUGGACAGUCAGUUUGAAACACACAAAUACUGACUUAAAUAUACACUGGAGAAAGAGCUGUCUGAUUUUAAGAAUGCAGCAGCUACCACAGCUAGAUCCUGAAGCUAAUGCAUAAAUGUAUUUAACUGCACUUCCUCUAAUGGCCACCAGAUUUGGAAAAGGAAAAAAGAAACCAACUUAAAAAUAGUUACACAACAACUUAGGGCUCAAAAUGUCAAUCUUAUGUUUUUCAUUGUGUUGGCUUGAUAAACAGGCGUCUCAGCCGUGGUGGUUGCACCUUGCCAAGUUAACUUCAGCUCUACUAGACUCCAUUUAUCUUUGUUUGGUUACAUGAUUUUUUUUUUUGACUGUUAACUGACAAAGAUGGCGACGAGUGAGAAACCCAGAACUAAGCUUCAAAAAUUGAGUAAUGUCACUUUUUGCUGUCUGCAUUUUAGACAGUUGUACAGUAUUUAAACACUACAGCCGACAUGUUGGUUAAACUGAGAGCAUGUCAAGUCUUGAGUUUCUAUGUUUUGUAUGUUAGAGGAUACAUGCAGACAGCAAGUGUUCAACUGUCACUGACUUUCAUUUGACUUGGAAAUAUAGCAUGGCCUUUUGUUUCAGCCUGGGUUAAGACUUGCUGUUGCUCUGCCCCAACAAAACAUCAAAUUAGCUAAAACAGACAUGUAUAUUGAAACUGACAGCAGCAACAGAUUGAAGCAGCGUGUCACAUUAGGGUUCCACUUUGCAACAUGUUUCAGUUGCAUGUGUGUGUGUGUGGUUAGACUAUUUCUCCAAGUGAGUUUGACUGAGAAUAUUACUAGUCCAACAGUUUUCACUGUUUCACACUGUGCGUUCAAAGGACUCGCUUUCUAAUUACAAUUGGUUCUUAUAGCCAAUAUUCUCACACAUGUACACUUUGUGCCAUGUUUGACAUUGACUUGUAAUAAUUUGUAGUUGAUUUGUAAUGCUUACCACAGGACGUACAGUGUCUUCUCACUCUUCUUUUUGAAAGCUUUGGCUUCUAAGUUUGAUUUCUCCCCUGUGAUCUAUGCAAAACAUGCUGUAAUGUCCCCUGUUUGAAGAAGAAAAGAUAAUGUGUAAAUACUGUAAAGGGAAAUGGGUCAGAAAGGCAGUUAUGAGGAAAACCAACAGAACAGAAUGAAAAUUGUGUUAAGUUGAUGUACUGAUGAAUGUUGUCAUAUUUUUCUAUAUUUUGAAAUCAUCACAAAAGUGGGGGAAAGCUGUCAGAACACUACAAAGGGAAUGUUUCUAUUAAUUUAUAAAUUCUUUGCCUAGCAA